AUGGGCGGCGAUGGCCAAGCACUCUCAAACAAGCGGCGGAUAUUAGAAAAGUCACGUGUGUUCCUCACCGCUGAUGAGCUGCGGAAAGGGGACAAUGGUGGAGGAGAAACGACGCGAAAAUUAAAGGAGGAAAAGGUUUUGCGGUGGUCGCAUUGUGGUCUGUCACUGGAGCCGCUGCAGCUUCCGGUUGUUUUUGAUCUUUAUGGACGCCUGUAUUCAAAGAAGGCGGUGUUGGAUAACAUAUUGGAGAAACGUUCACUCCAUAAGCAGAGCAGUAGCGAUUUGAACAGCGAUAUGAAAAUAUCGAAACUAUCUGAUGUGUGUGAGGUGUCGAACGUAGAGGAGGGGAAGGACAGAAAGGUGCUUAUUCGGUGCCCAGUAACAGGUUAUGACUCUGCCUCAGGUCUUCACCAAUUUCUUGGGUUUUGGUCUUGCGGGCACGUUGUGGCUUGCGCUGCGGUGAAUGAGUCUGUUGGGAAACCAGCUGCUGCAAAAAAGGAUUGCCCCGUGGAUGACGAUCCCGCAUCGGUUUGCCCGUUUUGUGGAGCAACCAGUUUCGCCGUCCACCUGAUUCUGGAUCAGGAAAGUGAUGAAGUUAAACAGUAUAGAAGACUUCGUUCCCUUCACCGAGUGUUUAGGAAGCGUGGGCGCUCAAACACGUGA